GAAGCACCGAACAUCCGCUGAAAUUAGAUUAUUGUUUUUUUCGUACUUGCUGUAAACAAAAGGCCGCCAUACGUCGAGGCGUAGCUGUAGGCCAGGCGCACGUCCGUACUUGUGCAUUAGCGCGAACUUGUGUGUUGUUGUUUUGAAACAGCUGAUUAAAACAGCGACAUGCUGAUACACCGCUGACACCGCCGAGGCAUACCAAGGUGCCGCGACUGACGUGCCUCCGUGCUUGACCCAGUUUGCAACAGUGCUCACAGGGAGUGCAAGAGAAAGGUCUUUCUAAUGGGCCAUGACUACAGAAGCUGCUGAAGUUUCCAUGUGGAUUACACGCGGUCGAUAGAUCUCUUGCUUCAGGGGGAAAAAAAAGGAGAGAGAGAGAGAGAGGCGACUAUGGAGGUGCCAUGAAUGCGAAUGGUUGGCCGCAGUUGCAGUAAAAGUCGUGGCAAGCGUUUCGGCUUGUUUGCCUCGUGGAGUACUUAUCAGUGCCCAUCGCAGACUGUUGCCGCUUGUACCUAAAAUGGAGUGUUGAGAGCCCAAUGAACAGAGGAACAGGCUAACGCCUCCUCUACUGGGCCAGCGCCUCACAGGGCCAGCCAGACGUCGUCUGCUCGCAUAUAUGGAGUCGUACCGACGGAAGCGGAGAGACGCUUUCCGAUUGCUGUCAGCGGGGCGCCUUGUGGGCCGCCGUUGGCGUCUGUUCCAGAGGACCCCACAGCAAGAAGGCGAUCUGGUGCUGACAUUCUCAGCUAAUACAGAUGCUUCAGUGGUGUCAUGGUUCCAGGAACGGCUGCACAGAAAGGUUCCUCAGCUCAUUGUCCAGCUCUGUCGCCACCCACAAAUGGGUCAAGCUGCACUCUACUGCAGUCCUGCUGCUGAGCACCUGCUCCUACGUGGGGCCGAGGAGUUGCGGCUGCGCAAGCGCUUGCGCCCAGAGUGGGGUGGGGGCCACCGAGAGUUCACUUGUGCCGAGCAAGACUGCUUUGAAGGGAGCGGCCAGCUUAGUGGCCAGGAGCGGCAACGGGUGAUGCUGCACUGGCUGCGGGAGGCACUGCGUGCGUCUGGGCCAGGGGACCAUCCGGGCCCACCAUCAGGGCAUCGAACACCUUGCCUCGAGGGCCAGUGUCUCGUGGAAUGGUGCCUUGCAGAAGGCCUGCUCUGUCAGCUGGUGGCCCUACACUCUCCCAAGGAGUUAGACUGGCUCAAGAAACACUGGGUGCUAGCUUUCUUUCGGCAGCAGCCACUAGAACGUGUGCGGAACUACUUUGGUGCCAAGGUGGCCAUGUACUUUGCCUGGCUGGGCCACUACACCUGGUCCCUGGCUGUGCCAGCCAUUGUUGGUCUACUUGUGGGCCUGUCCUGUGGCUCUCACGGAGAACAGGUGCAGGAGGACGCAUGCUUGGUGGGCUUUACACUGCUCAACAUGCUUUGGGCGACCAUCUACCUCGAGCUGUGGAAACGAUACUCUUCUGAGCUUUCCUACCAGUGGGGCACUCUGGAUGAGCAGAACGAACUGCUUGUAGAGCCGCGGCCUCAGUUCAGGGGUGAGCCCAGCCGGAGUCCUGUGACAGGGCGCUUAGAGCCCAACUAUCCUGGCUGGAAGAGGCACCUGUUCCGAUAUCUUGUGACACUGCCAGUGGUGGCUUGCUGCCUUCUGAUUGUAGUACUGGCCGUCUUCCUCAUCUUUCAGCUCCAGCACUGGUGGGACGAGUGGCGUGUCCAGAGGCACUUUCUGGGCAACUUUUCUUUCUUGCCUAAGAUACUGCUGGCUGUGGUGAUCCACGUGCUUGACACCGUCUACUACCGCAUUGCUCUCUGGCUUAAUGACAUGGAGAACUACAGGCUGGAUCAGGACUACGAGGAUCAGCUGAUUAUAAAGAUUGCAGUGUUCCAGUUUGUCAACUCGUUCCUGUCGCUCUUCUACAUUGCCUUCUACCUCCAAGACAUGGAGCAGCUUCGAGAGCAACUUGCAACACUUUUGAUCACACGUCAAGUCCUCGGAAAUAUCAAGGAGAGUGUCAUACCAUUCUUGGUAGAGAGGCUGCACUUGGCUUGCCUCGAGUUGAGCAGCACUGAAGAAUCUCCGUCAAGUGCGACACCUGAAGAAAGUCCAGCCACCAGCAGUGCAUCAACACCCAAGUUAAGCCAGGGUGAAAUAGAGUGUGCCAUGUUCAAGUACGAAGGCACCUUUGAGGACUACCUGGAGAUGUUCAUCCAGUUUGGCCAUGUGACCCUCUUCUCAUCUGCCUUUCCGUGGGCUGCUCUGUGCGCCUUGCUCAACAACCUAGUUGAAGUGCGCAGCGAUGCCUUCAAGCUGUGCUUUGUCUUCCAGCGCCCCUUUGCUCAGCAGGCCAACAGCAUCGGUACCUGGCAGGUGGCCAUGGAGGUCAUGGGCAUGCUGGCUGUGGUAGUGAACUGUGCACUGAUGGGCACCCUUGGUCAGGUGCAGCGGCUCUGGCCUUCGCUCACUCCCCUGGAGGUGCUGCUUGGUCUGGUGGUGCUAGAGCAUGUGGUCCUCUGCAUCAAGUUUGCAAUUGCUUACGCCAUCCCUGACGUUCCCGAGUGGGUUGCUACUGAAAUGGCCAAGACAGAAUUUCGCCGAAGAAAAGCUGCCAAGGAUGCCAAGCUGACCACGGCUACCAGGGGCACCUGCACUUCUGAAGAUUUACUCAGCCCCGAACAUCGCUGCCUGUGGGACCCACUGAGCACUAGCGAGCUAGAUCCAGCCAGCCAGCCAGGUUCACUGCCCAGUUGGGUAGGACGUCUUCUGCGGAUGCCUGUCACUAAACCAAGACAAAGGCGACGUACUAUGCCUACAUCCCAGCAGUAACAGCUUGAAAAAUUUCCACUGUGGCUGAUACCACAACGCAUUACUGGUGUUAGGCAGUACCUUUUCUCUUAAGAUGGUGGAUUGAAUGGGAGCAAGCUGCUCCUUGAGCGAAGUGAUUUUUUGGGUAGACGUUUGCCUGCAAAAGAAAACUACUGUUUAGCAGCAGUGAUGCCGACAAGUAUGCACAGCAGUUGUGUAACCAAACCCACUGGUUACAUUCAGCCCCAUUCACUCACUAUGUGGAAAGUGUCAUUGCACAUUCAGGGUGAUUCAGUAGUUUGUGUGAAGAUUUCAAAAAGUGGUAUACGAGUAUCAUAAUGAAAGAACAACUUGAUACUACAUAUCUGGCUUGAGGUGGAACAGAAGUGUGAUACCAUCGCUCAUGUAUGCUAGAACAUAGGAGCUGAAUACUGGCACUUCUUGCUCAAGUGUACUUUCUCCUAAGGUUGUGUAAUGUGAGUACACAGAAGGCUGCAGCAGCUCAUGACAAGGCAAAGUGGGCAGGCUGUUGCAACAUGAGUUUGUGGUAGAUCACCAUAAAAGUCAAGGAAGUGAUGAAUGUUGACUUAAUUACAUUAACAUGCAACAGUUAAACUGUAAAGGCUCAUUGUACUCUGACCUUUUGGUGGCACUUAGUACUCGAUUUUAGACAGUCAGAACAGCUGCAUAAUACUUGCAGGCAUUUGUCACCAGGUUGCGCCAACAUAAGUUUACAAGUUUUGAACCAACACAUGAUGCAUCACAUGUGGCAGUCCAAUACAGAUGAUAGUGAGAUAGUUCUAUCAUUGUGCCAGUGUGCAACAAGCAUACCAAAUCUGUCAGCUAUGUGCAGUGCCAGUGCCAUGCUAUCACCAAUGACAUUCAUCUCUCAUAGAUGUAGCUUAUCUGCCUUCAUUUGCUGGCACGAAACAUUGUGGAGCACUUUGGUGUAACUUGAGCUCUCAUCCCUAAUUGUGCCAGCAUCACUUAAAUAUGAGUGAAAUCCGUAAAGUGCCAUUUAGCAAAUAUCUGAGUGGAGCUUUAAGAACUCAAAAGGGCCCUGAAUUAGCACUAAACACAAGGAUUAUGACCCACAUCCGUAGUACAUGCUAGUGUGAUACCAUAGCACAUGACGCACAUUUCACCAUUAUUAGUGUAAACACGACCAGAUGAAGGGCAUAACAGAAGUAUUGGUUGCAGGAAAAUUGCCUUUGUUUGGAAGCAUUCGCUUUUUAGCAGUGUUCUACAACUUGAAGUUGUUGGCCAUUACUGGCUGUUGCUCACUGCAUUGUAAAUUUUCAGGUAGGUAAUGGUUUCAACAACUACUGCAGUGCGUUUUGCAACAUUGCUUCAGGCCCUCUUUUGAUUUUUUCAGUUUGCAUGCUUUGGUGUAAAUGCUUUGGGGUGUUUUUGUAUGUCAUAUUCAGUCAAGCAAAAUCGCAAGAAACCUGGCCUAGCCCUGCACCAGGAUAUCUGCACAGUUCGCUAUUGCUAAUGGCAUCAGCUCAGCCAUUUGUUGACUGUGAUAAGGACACAAACAUCAGCUUUUGCUUCAGUGUAAAGCCAAACUGUCCUUGCAGUACUUUUACUGCAGUGCUGCCAGCGAAAUAAGGUGGCGCAGCAUCUUCCCUGUGACAGUUUCAUGAAUCAGUUCACUUAUACUGACUGACAACGAAGCAGGCUCCUGGUACUAAGUGCUGUUGCAUGCCCACCCUUUGUCUCCUUUUGUCUUGUCUUUCUUUUGCAAACUUGGACUACACACACUAGAAGGCUACUGAUGAAAUGAAUGCCUAAUUAACCCUGACCUCCGACAUGUCAUCUUGUCAGCCUUGCCUUACUGUGUUGGAAUUAUAGCUUGAUAGCAUUUUGAUGAUACAGGAGUUCUUAUAGGAAGUGCUUCUACAUCAAAUGCAUAAAAGCGCUGAGAUUGCAGGUUGCAAAAGUCUGGAAUAAGUGAGGACGGCUCAAAGUAUGGGUAAUGGACGCAGGCAUCAAUUGGUCAUCUUUGAAGUUUAACAGUAAUCUUUCCUCAAGGAGCAGUUGCUUUCACACAGUUGCAAAACAAGAUCAGUAAAAUGCCAGAACAUGUGGGGGCUAUACUGGUAUUAGUGCAUUACUCUCUCUUAGUCCUAACAUGCAUUCAGUCUAGAGUAUUGUUUUCCAACUGUGCCACAGUGAGUGCUCUUUGAAAGAACUGUUCAAUAAACAUUGCAGUUGAAAACUGUUGUCUGCCAUUUGCUUAAUUAUUUUCUGCACAUACGUUUUGCAAGUCAUUAAAGCGAACACUUUGUGCUCUAUAAGAGGUUAAAAGUCUGGAUAUGCUCAUGUAUAUGUGCUCAUGAAGCGGUCACGAGAUAAUGAAGCAACCUUCCUUGAUAAAGGAGAAAGUUGUUCAUGCUCUAUGAGCACAAAAACCAGCAGUGCAAGCCUUCUAAACAAGACAAGACAGGUGCCUCAGCAUUGUCUGAUGACUCGCAGCUUACCUUUCACCUUUUAUGAAAUGCGCAGUUGGUUCAGAAAUUCACUGUUAGGCCCAUGCCCAGCAGCUCAAAAAUUUAUCCAAACACUUCUUGCUGUGCUUUCAAGACUGCCAUGUCAGACUUCAACAAGAGUUUUGCUGUUUCUGUGCACUGCAUUGUUGCAGGAAAAGUAAGAAAGCAAAGUGUUGCCAUUGUUAUUGCAAGUCUUUCAAUCUUUCUACAGUCAGUCAUGAUACAGGAUGGCAUUGAGCAAGACUGUGAAUUCUUCAGGAUGUACAACUGAAGCUUGCAUGUGCUAAAGGUGCGUGAUGUCACUGUGGCAUUGCAGAAGUGUGUAUUUUCUCUCUUAACUUUUGUAACACUGAUAGAACUAUGUCACUUGUGCUUGUUCCUGGUGCUGUCUUCCUCUUACUGCUAAGCUUUCACUCUUGUCUUUGAUGUUUGCGGGUAAUAUAGUCAUUAGUAAGCAGUAAAAACAAGGUGAUCUUUUCCAGGAUGUAUUUGUUGUCAGAUGGCAUGAUACACCACAAAUAAUUCCAGAACAUUAUUUAUUAUGAGCUGUUUCAUGUUCUACAAACAACACACAACACCCCAUGACACCAGAUUUGCAGCACAUUGUUUGAAAGUAGAUGACACUGAAGCCUGGAUGUCUUCUCUUGUUCAAAAAAGGUACAGAUUACUGCACGCUUCUCUAAUCAUAUGCAUGUUUCAUGCACUGAGGCAUUUUAUUAUGGCCAAUAUUUUAUAGCUAAAGUAUUUAUUCAUGAGAAAUGUUAUUGAGGUUUUAACCUGAGCUACAGGGUAAAAUAUGGUUAGAGAUGGGCUUGAAACACUUUAUUGAGCUCUCAUGUGUUGGCCUAGUUGUUUUGCAUAGAUUUGUGAAGAUCUCUGCAAUAUAAAAGCGACUAACUAUCCAACAUAAGUGCUCGUUUUCUCUGACUAGCUUGCAUAAUAUUACAAGCUCAAGCAACGUACUCAAACAGUUGCAACUGCACAGCACAUGUGGGCAUUGUGUGUGUCCCCAUUUAUGUAAUGCCUAAUUUUGCUGGAUCAGUAUUAACAUACCUCUCGAUGUACUGUGAACUUUGUACUUAUGCUUACACAAUAUUACAGCAAAAAUCACAAGCACAUGCUUAGCUUUCUUAGGUUUUUGUUUCUUUUGCAAUCUUGCUAAAAAAUAGCCUUGAUGUUUAUAUAUUCUGGCUUAAAUAGCCACACCAGGUUUAAAGCCUGUCGUAAAGAAUGUGCGGUAUUUACUAUAAAACUUACAACUUGCAACUAUGGCUGUUUGUAUCACAUCGGAAAUCAUAAAACUGUCAGCUGAAUGGUCAUUUCAUCACUUUUUGCUCAAACUUGUCACAAUGCGAGGUAUCUCUGGAAAGUCAUAAAGGUCAGCAGGAGACAAACAGGUACAUUAACAGCCAGAGACUGUCAUAUCUAUAGUUUAGUCUAGACCUUACUUCUGCCGGUUCAUCCAACUGCUUGAAAUUUGUGAUACAUGUAUUCCUUAUUCUGAACAUGUGAUCUGGUGUGUUUUCUGUCACGUUUCUCUCAUCCUUCAGUCACACAGAAUUCACAAUCAGCCUCACUUUUGUGCCGUACAGCUUUGUGCUCGAUAGUAAUAGAUAAUAGAUGAUCACUUUUUAGGUUGCUUACUUUACUUUGGCGACCUAGUUGAUAUAGUACCACUUUAUUAUUUUCCUCUUGUCACAUGUGCUACUUUUUCUUCUUCCGCACUCAUUUAGCUCACGCACAUUUCACUAAACUGAAUACAGUUAAACAUUGAUAUCACGAAGUCAGUAAAAUCGGCAAUUGCUUCAUUAUAUCGAAAUUUCUUCGUAUUGAAAUUCGACCUUUUAUGCAAAUAAGUAGUCGCUGAUAGAUUUUUCCUAAAAGGAAAGGGGCCACAGAAUUUUUUGAAUGACUGGGCAGUCGAAAAAGCAAACUUAGAAUGAUAAAACAGUUCAUUUUGACGAAUUUGGUAGUCAGCGACAAAUGAUACGAUUUCAUGCCACGUCGAUGAUAUCUUCACAUUCUUGACUGUUGUUGCUCUGAAUGGCAGCCAUUUGCAGUGAUAUUGCAGGCAAGGUGCAGCUUGGGCUGAUGAAGAAGCAUGCAAAGGAGCUGAGUUGACAUAGAAUCGCUGGCAUAAGAGCAGAUCACGGUCAAGCACGCACAAACAAGGACAAGGCAUAAGAGCUGAGUCGGGCUAGUUGGUGUUGAAUCAUUAUUAACUGCAGCGGAAUAUGAAAACAAUGGACAGAAAAGAAGUCAACACAGAGAGCACUCUGUGUUUUUAAUGGAAUUAAUAAUAGAAUGGAAUUGUUCCAUCAAUCCAGCAUUGGAUUGUCGCGACCCUGUGCCUUCAUUCUUAAGUAAUCUCGGAGUUAUGUUUUGCUUUGACUAACAUUGCUGUGUUCUUGUUGCAAGGUAUAUUUCCUAUUCAUGUGUUCAUUCCCUUCUUGAGAUUUUUAAAUAAUUCUUUGCUACCUGCUCAUUUAUGUCUACUGAUGACAAUCUUGCCAAAAGUGUACUGUUUUUGGGUGUAACUGCAACUGGACUUUUCUGGGCUGGUUCGAGGGAGACAAAAAUGUUUUGGGUCUGUUUAGUCUGGAGCAGGAGGCCUUCUUUCAUUGUUAUUGGUCUGAAUUAGGUAUUGUAUUUUUAAUUUCCUCUUGCUAGCCACUAUGGCAUGUGCUGCAUUGUUAUGCUGUGCCCCUCCCUCCCCACUGGAAACAGAUAAAGUGACAAGUAGACCUUCAA